AUGGUGCACAACGAGUACCGGUAUAGUGGUAUCACGAGCGCUCCGAAUCACAUCAGGCUGUUGACGCUCCUCCCGGGGCUACAAAACGACACCAUCCGAAUCACCCUCACUGACGUGGAUCUCUCCCUCAAUGACGACCAUUCCGUUUCGUUUCCUCUGUACGAGUGUUUGUCAUACACAUGGGGUGAGUCUACCGACCGCACCAUCCUCUAUGUCGACGGCAGGAUCAUCACCGUGACCAAGAAUCUCGGCGAGGCUUUGAAGUAUCUUCGACACUAUGAGAUUCCCAGAGUACUGUGGAUCGACGCUCUAUGCAUCAAUCAAGGCGACAUGGCGGAGCGCAGUAUGCAGGUAGGCCGCAUGUCAGACAUCUACUCCAGAGCGACCAGAGUUGUUGUAUGGCUGGGACCGGAAUCCGAGGACAGCAACCUUGCGUUAGACACCUUCAUCGAUCUCAGCAACACGAUCGACCUAGAUCUAGCAACACAAACCUUCAAGCCAAUAAAAGCCGACCCAGAGCAUCUAACCGACCGGCAUACCGUCCUGCCAUUCACGACAAAAGCGCAGGUGCAAGCCAUAUGCAACCUCUACAAACGCCCCUGGUUCGAACGCCUCUGGGUCUGGCAAGAAAUCCGCCUCGGCAACGAGAAAUCCCUCCUAGUAUCGGGCCACAAAAGCAUGCUCUGGCGCCGCUUCUACGUCGUCAGCUUCUUCCUGCUGUGGAAAGGCGAAUUCGGGCUCGGCGACGCCUACUGGACCGUCAAAGACCGCCUCGAGAUCGUCAACGCCAUGAUGAACAACAUCACGCAGUCCCCCAUGGCCUCCCUCUCCCUCCGCACCUGCCACAGCAAAUGCAGCGAGCCACGCGACCGCGUCUACGCCCUCAUGGGCAUCACGACUGACCAGGUGAAGCUGACGCCAGACUACACGCUCCCUGUCGGCGACGUCUACAAAGACGUGCUGCUGCAGAACCUAGCGCAGCUGAACAACCUCGAGCUGCUGAGCUCGUGCUCGCACCGCAAGGGCCCGCGCGACAUCCCCUCCUGGGCGCCCGACUGGCGCUUCCCCAACCAGCGCAAACGCUUCUUCGACCUCGACGGCGCCGGCGAGCCGCCCGCUCACGCGCACCACGUCGCCCCUAGCAUCCUCUCCGCAGCCGGCGCGCACAUCUGCACCAUCUGCACCGUCGAGCCCCUCGGGCAAACCGAGUCCGACGCCGCCAUCAUCGACCGGCUCCGCAAACUCGCGCCAGCGAGCUUGCUCGACACACCGUAUGUGGCUGGCGGGACGACGCUCGACGCCUACUGCCGCGCCUUCUUCGCCAACGAGUUCACCGAGCGCUACCAGCCCGCCGGCGAGCUCCUCGGCUUCCAAAACUACGCCGACGCUUUACGCCACUUCCUUUCAGAAGAUCCGAAGCACGAUCGCAAGAGCCUCGCGCACUUCGUCAAGGACUACCGGAUCCAGACGGCCGGCCGCUCGCUCGUCACGACGGGGCGCGGGUACGUCGGGCUCGCGCCGCAAGAGGCGGAGCCGGGGGAUGAAGUCGUGCACGUUCUUGGGUGCCGGUGGCCGCUGGUCUUGCGGCCGGUGGCAGGCGGAGAAAAGGGGUUUACGGUGGUUGGGCAUGCGUAUAUAGAUGGGGCGAAUGACCGCGAGGCGAUUCUGGGGCCGCUGCCGGAGGGUUGGUCGAAUGUGGCGCUGUAUGAUGCGGCGACGGCGAAGUGGUGGCCGGCGUAUAUGGAUGGGCGGACGCGGGAGGUGAGGAUUGAGGAUCCGAGACUCGGGCCGUUGCCGGAGGGGUGGGGGGUGAGAAGGCAUGCGGAGGAGAGGAUGUGGAAUUGGUAUGUAAGGGAUGAUGAGGAUGUUGGGGCGUUGGAGGGGUUGAAGACGGAGAGGAGGUGGCGGAGUGAUCCGAGGUUGACGGUGGAGGCUUUGAGGACGAGGGGGACCGCGAUAAGGGAUUUUGAGCUUGUGUGA